UUUGACAAGGCCCAUACGGUUUAUCAUCAAACAUAAUAUUUCCUCCCUAAAAGGGAAAAAAGAAAACCAGAGAGAGUGUAAAAAUGGCGUCUGUAACAGAAAUAGUGAAAAAAUUGAAUCUUCAGCCACACCCAGAAGGUGGAUUCUACUGUGAAACUUUUAGAGACACAUCUGUCACUCUCUCCACUUCUCAGCUUCCUUGUGCAUAUAAGGUUGAUCGUGCAGUCAGCACAGCUAUCUACUUCUUGCUACCUUCUGGGCAUGUUUCGCACCUUCAUCGAAUCCCGUGUGCUGAAACCUGGCAUUUUUAUUUAGGAGAACCUCUUACGGUAUUGGAGUUGAAUGAGAGUGACGGUGAGGCGAAGUUAACCUGCCUGGGAUCUGAUAUAAUUGGAGGCAACCAGCAAGUACAGUACACUGUGCCUCCAAAUGUAUGGUUUGGUGCAUUUCCAACAAAUGAUUUCAUCAUAUCUGCAGAUGGUGCAGUUGCUAAAUCUGCUCCAAGGGAUGGUCAGAGUCACUAUUCGCUGGUAGGCUGCACUUGUGCGCCUGCAUUUCAAUUCCAGGAUUUUGAGCUGGCAAGGCGCCCGGAGCUGCUUUCUCGGUUUCCAAACCAUGAACAUCUCAUCUCAAUGCUCACCUUUUCUGGUACAGAUUAACCUGUACUCUUCAAUGUACCAUUCAUCUUAAAAAGGAGAGGAAUAAGAAUUUUAUGCUUUUUAUGUCUAAUUUCAGCGGAUUUUCCAUCA